AAUAAACAAAAGUAAACAUCUUUUUAUUUAAAAAUGACUCUGCUGGAAUACUCCACACUUUAUGUCUCUGAUAUCUUUAUAUGUGGGUAUAUCAGGUUCCCAACCUGAGGGUCGGGACCCCCCCAUGGGGACCUGAGAUAAAUGUAAGAAGUCAAAAGAUUAUUAGCUUUUAUGAUUUUUCCUUAAAUGUUGAUUUAACGUCUUCGGGCCUUUAAAAUCCGACAGAUAUGUGUAAAAUAACUUUCUUUAAACUGCUCCUAUUUCUCAUAUGUCAUGUCCUCCAUGAUGUAUACUAUAUAUAUAUAUAUUAACUAUAUUGCUUCUCUUUAAGGGACCCCGAGUCAAAACAACGUUGGGAACCACGUCUGACGACAGUACAGAACUCCAUUAGGAAUCUGCCACAUUAAAGCUACAGGAGGCUGGUUGGUGAAACUGAGAGAAGAAAUCGUGUGUUUAUUGUUUCCAGUUUGGUGGAAGCUGCUCGUGUCUGUGCAGGUCUGAGGCUGAUAAGACCCGGACUGGAGGAUUAUGGAAUCACUUCAGGAGACGCCGCCGGAGACGCAACACAGCCCGCUGGAGCCUGCGCUGAGGAAUUAUCUGCUGUCAGGAACCUGCCCGGGACGGGGACCGGCGCUGGACGGGGAAAGGGGGGGGGUUUGCUGAGCCAUGCUGUCCGCCGCCGUUCAGAUCCUGGCGUUCGCCCUGGCGCUCCUGGGCGUCCUCGGCACCACCGUGGCCACUCUGCUACCCAACUGGAAGGUGAGCGUCAACGUGUGGUCCAGCAUCAUGACCCCCAUCCAGCAGAUGCAGGGGCUAUGGAUGGACUGCGUCUGGUACAGCUCCGGCGUCUUCAGCUGCACCAUGAAGAACUCGGUGCUGUCGCUGCCGGCGUAUUUGCAGACCACGCGGGCCGCCAUGGUUCUGUCGUGCAUGGUGGCGUCGUUCGGGCUUUGCCUCGCCUCCCUGGGGCUCAAAUGUACCCGCUGGGGGGGCAGCCACCGAGCAAAGGGGCACACGGCCAUCGCCGCGGGGGGGUGCUUCGUCCUGGCCAGCUUCCUCUGCCUGGUCCCGGCGUCCUGGUACACCAACGAAGUCAUCACCGCCUUCCUGACCACGGAUUUGCCGGACAGCAGUAAAUAUCAUCCCGGAGGAGCUCUGUGCGUGACGUUUAUCUCCGCCGGCUUCCUCCUGGCCGGAGGGGUCAUUUUUUGUUUGUCGUGUCCUGGAAAAAGAACAGGACGACCGGACUACGUUUCCUCCGCCGACCCUGACGGACUAGUGCCGUACCGAGAUGACCAGCGGCGGAGGCGGGAGCUGCAGAUGGAGCGCGAGCAGCCGAAAAACAGGCAAAAGAAGACGGUUCAGCUGCAGAUGGACGAAGUGAAGCAGCAGAAAGCUCCUCAGGAGAAGCCAGAGCAGGACCAGAAGGUCUACUCGUCUCCCUCCAAACUCCCUCCAAAAGACAUCAAGGACAGCUACAGCCUCCAGGAGUACGUUUAAUCCUCACAGCUGAGCGCUGAGAUGUUUUCAGCUGAGGCUCUCUGGCUCGUCGUGAGGGGGGAGGUGGGCCGGGGGAGGCGUGUUUGAGGGGGAAUAAUUACCAAAUGAUUGUGGAUUCAGCCGAAUGUCUCAGAAACGAAAGCAGAGAACAGGAGAAACUGCACAGGCCCCAAACACUGUAAAUCCUUUAAAAACUGCCGCAGCGUUCCCGUACCAAAGGUCUGACCACAAAAAAGCUGCUGAUUAUUAAAAAAAAAAAAAAAUCUGAGCUCUGCCUGAAAUUGAAAAGCAUCAUUUAGCAGCUUUAAACAGAGUUGGCACUAAGCGUCCUGAGGCUGUGAGCAGGAUUUAACAACCCAAACCAAAUAAAAGAAAAACAUGGUAAUAUACCUGCAUUUAUUUUAAGAAAAAACAAUACACAUAAAAAAGUACAAAAACAGAGGAUGUAUUGUAACUUUAAGAUACUCUUUCUGAUUUUCUUAUAGCGCUCUAGAAAAACCAACUUUAGUAUAAAUCCCCCAAAUUACAAAAAUGACAAAAACAAACACAAGAGACCGAAGUGUUGUUGACUUAUUUUGAAGUUAGUGACAUGUUUUCCAUGCUUACGUUAGUUUACGUACUUAUUUGAAGCCCAACCAUGACGCUUUUCCUAAACCUAACUAGCAGGUUCUGUUGCCUAAAAUUAACUGCAACCGUUUCGCGGUAACGACAUGGCGUCAUCAUGACACGCGUUAUGUCCUUAAAAUCGUUGUGCUAUUUUUAGGGCUGUCAAUCGAUUGAAGUAUUUAAUAACGAUUAACCGCACUUUUUUUUUUUUUAUUAUCAAAUUGUACCUUAAAGGGAGAUUUGUCAAGUAUUUAAUACUCUUAUCAACAUGGGAGUGGACAAAUAUGCUGCUUUAUGCAAAAUGUAUGUAU